GUCACCAGUGGUUACAUUGGAAGAGAUUUUAUUUAAAGAAACAGACUGUCAAAAGGUAAAAACGCGACCGACCACCGCAGCGUUUCGUUGCUUUUAUUUUGAAGGCGGCCCGUAGCAUUUCCGGUGCGCGCGCUGCUUCUCCCGUCCGGCUUGACGCGCCUCUCCUCCCUGUCGCCUUGCAUUGGGGUGAAGCUGCAUAAAAGCGAUUCCAUAAUGCGGGCGUGAGGUUCUCCGCGUAGUAAACGGAGGGGGAUCCAGCGGGAGGAGGGCAACCGGGCUACACCGACCACAGGCACCGGCCACAAUAAAAUGUCGAACCGAAAGCACCGGGACAACCAGGAGAUCUGCGCCCGCAAGGUCCGGGAGCUGGCCCAGUCUGGAGUAAACAAACACUGCUUCGAGUGCAACCAGCCCGGGGUGACUUACACCGACAUCACCGUGGGCAGCUUCGUCUGCACGUCGUGCUCCGGAAUGCUGAGAGGCCUCAACCCUCCCCACAGAGUCAAGUCCAUCUCCAUGACGACAUUCUCCCAGCAGGAAGUGGAGUUCCUCCAAAACCACGGCAAUGAGGUCGGGAGGAGGACGUGGCUCUGUGUGUUUGACCCAAAGGCAGACGGCUGCUCCGACAUGAAGGACUCUCAGAAGUUCAAAGAGUUCCUUCAGGAUAAAUAUGAGAAGAAAAAAUGGCACUUUUCCAAAAGUAAGAACCGGAGAGAUGUGGAGGGUCCUUGGAGUCCGGGGGUCCAAGCUGUGCCCACUUCCCUCGGCCCCCUAGCGGGCCAGCUGCCUUCCCACAACCUGCCCCCCAACGCCCGAUCAGCGAGGCCACUGUCUCAGUCGCAGCUGCCGUCGUGGGAUCGAGCUCCCACCAUCUCACCCGCCGACAUGCGGACGGACGUGUUCACCGCUCGGCCGUCGCGCUCCCAAAGCUUCAGGGACCCUCCCCUGAAAGAUCCCGCUCUGUGUGGGAUAGAAAGGCAGCGGCCGGGAUCUCUGUCGUCGGCGCUGGGAGGUCAAGGCCACGCCCCCUCAUUCCCCGCACUUCCUCGGCCCUCAGCCAGUAGCUCUUUCAAAAACCACUUCACUUUAGGUCGCACAGUUUCGGCCUCAGGGGCCACAGGACCCUUCAGGGCCUUCCCCAAGUCUCUCAGCGUGGACUUCGGAGGUCUGAGCCACCCCCAGCAGCAGACUCUGCCCCAGUCUCUGUCUCAACCACAGCAGCAGCAGCAGCAGCAGCAGCAGCACCAGCCUGCGGGUGUGGGCCAGACGACCCCGCCGGUCGGCAGCUCCAACGCCCAGGACAGGUACGCUGCUGUGUCACACCUGGACAGCGUCUUCUCCGACCCGCCCCCUGCUGCAGCUCCGCCUGGUGGCCCCCCGCAGUACAACACGCUCUUUGGCAGCAGGCUCUCGUCCAGCUCCACUCCUGCCAGCUCCCCCGGUGUUGAUGCUGUCUCCGGCUCCCAAAGCUUUGCAAAUUUCCCCAACCCAUUCAGCUCCGGCUCUGCUUCCCAGCAGCCUGUUGCCCUCUCCCCCAGUAACCCUUUCAGCAGCACCUCGGGAGGUGACUCCAGUGCGUUUGUCACCUCGCCCACCUCCGUUUUUCCCCCGUCUGCCUCCUUCCCAGCGCCCGCUACCCAGAAUGCAUUUCCUCAUGAGUCAGCUACCAAUCAGGAAACCAACGGUUUUGCCUCCUUCCCCACAUCCGAGUCUCAGUCCAAAGUCCCUCGGCCGAUGUCGGUGAACCCGUUUACGGGGAAUGUUUACCCCAGUCGGGGGACGUCGAGAAACCCUUUCAUCUGAUCCCCGCCCCCCGCCCCCUCCUUCCUUCCUUCACCCAACUAUCCGACUCUGGGAACCGAGGGAGAAGUGAACUUGAGGAGUUGCUGCCAUUUCAAUGCCUCUGGAGUAUUCUCAACCCCGUCGGGGAGGUCGCUCCCUCCAGCCCUCCCUCUCCGUCUGUGUUUACGUGUUUGUGGAGGAACAAAAUGGUGCGAAUGUAAUUAAGAAAAGUAGUGUGUGUGCGAGAGUGUUGGCCUGCCGUGUUUGUACCACAUGUCAAAAAAAAAAGAACAAAAAAAAAAGAUGUCUGUGUGCCAGUAGACCCCCACCUCAGGACUCUGUGGGAGUCACGAGUAAACGACGCCUCUAUGAUUUCUUUUGCAGAAAUUCACUCUUAUAUUAAACACACACACACAUGUCGCUGCUGCUAUUUUGCUUUUUAUCUCCUGCAUAGAAGAGCAAAACAAAAAAAAAGAAAAAAAACUAAAAAACAGCCCACCAGUUAAAAGCGUUGUCUCCUUUCUGCUUUAAAAACUUUUUGAGUCUCUUUAAUGGACCACAGUUGAGACUCCGAGCCCUGCAUCACGAGUUUCCUACAGAUGGUUUUAACAGCCUUAACUGCCUCCUGAUGCAUGUGAAUUAGAAAGAUAAGGUGGGCUUGUCUCUAUACUGUGUGUGAGUUGUGUGACUGUGUGCGUGUGUGGAACUGGUUUGUUUUUGUUUUUGUUUUUUUGUUUUUUUUGUCAGGAAGGAUUAUCUACGUUUCCACUCUCAGGCUGCAUGCGCUUGGAGGGCGAAGAGGAGAUGCUACUGAAUGUAAAAGCAAUUUCAGAAUAACUCAUGUAUGUAAAGAAAAAAAAAAAAGAAAAGAAAAAAGAAACUCGCUUCAUGUACCAGACCAAAACCUUUACUCGCUGUUUUUUUUUUCUUGUCAGUUAAUAUGUAGAUAAUUUCAUCCUAUAUUUUGCCAAAAAAAAAGAAGAUUCAUGUAACAAAGUAUUUGUAAUGGCAAGUAUCCAUGUUCAUAAAAUCAGUUUGUUGCUUCUUAA